GCCGGUGGCGGGGGCGGCGCGGGGCGCGGGCUCCCUGCCCCGCCGGCGCACCAUGUGCAGCGGCGUCGGCUGCUUCUGGGCGCUGCUCUCCGCCGGCCUCUUGGCCGCCUGCGCCGCCGCCUUCCUCUCCCCGGCCUGGCUGCUGCCGCCCGGUCGAGCCGCCGCCGGCUUCGGCUUGCUGUGGCGCUGCGCCGGGCCGCCCCGCGGCUGCCACGGCUCCGCCGGUCCCGGCGGCUUCGGAGACAUCCCCUCCGGCUCCUGGCAGACGAGCGCCGUGCUGUGUGCAGGUGGCUGUGUCCUGCUGGCCCUCAGCUCGCUGCUGGCCAUCGUCGCCGUCCUGCUGCCCAGCGGAGCCUGCGAGAGGAGAGUGUGCACCUUGGCUGGCUACAUGCAGACAGCAGCAGUGUUCAUAAUGGCUUCUGGGCUUUUGGUUUACCCUUUUGGUUUCAACUCUGCUACUGUGAAGAGAUUCUGUGAGAAUUCAGACAUCUACUAUGCAGGAGACUGCCAGAUUGGAUGGGGGUAUAUGCUGGCAAUUGUUGGGGUCAUGCUGUCUGUCUUUUUACCAUUCUUUGCAAAAUAUGCACCAAAAGAGCACAUAUCUCCAACUCCAAUACCUACUAUUUUAUAGUAUUUUAUUACUGUUUAAGAACAGAACAUUCCUGUCUACGGGCAAUGGGCAGAAAUUAUUAUAGCACUUCCAUUUAGCUGUAUUGCUGAAAGAAGGGAAAAAAAAAAAAAGAAGAUGGGAGAAAAGGUCAGAUUCACAAAGACCAAAAGUGCAUUGAUAGUCUUCCGUACAUAUAAGUAGCGAACACUCUGGAAUCGAACUAAGAUUAAUCAGCAGCCUUUUUACUGCUCUAAACAUACAGUGGCAUAAUGCCUUAGACAAAAUAUAUAUAUAUAUCUGUUAUCCUCAAAACAUCUGUCUACCUCCCAAACAAUUUCAUUUGUGUCUCAAAACCGUAAGUCUUUUUAGAAGCUUCAAUUCACUUUUUAUAUAUUAUUAAAUGUCAAAACUUUUAUGAACCCAAUAGUUUUAAAACUGAUAAUGAUAUUUUGUUAUAAUUAUUUUGAUUAGUGAAAAAGGACUACUAGUAGCCAUGGCCUAAAAUUAAGCUUGAUAACUAAAAAGAAUUGUAUACAAGAAAAAGUUUCUUUUUAGUCUAGAUGUAUUAGUAAUACUUCCAUAUUGUAAAUUGUCAGCACACUUUUUAAUACCAAUCUAAUUGUCAAGAUUUACAGUCAUCUUCAUGAAGAUCACUUUUAGAUGACUUUUUUCAGAGAGGCAGAGAGAGAAAGUGAUCUAACUACUUCUAAGGGCUCCAUGAUGAUAUAACAGGUUACCAACAAAAAAAGACAAAAAAAAAUCCGUAUUUCUUAGGAUUGUGACUUUAUGUGGAAUUUUACAAAAUGACUUGAACUAUGAGAACUGUAAGUUUUUUGGUUUUGUUUGUUUUUAAGUCUGUAAAGAAAAACCUGUGUUUACAAAAUGUAUGUGCCCUAUAGCCCUUGUAUGUAGUGACAAUAUAAGCCAGAAUUAACUAGGUUCUAGUAUUUCUAUUCAUAUUAAGAUCCCACUAUUGUAAAAAAAAAAAAACAACAAAAAUGCUACUGAACACAACAACUAAGAAGAAUCUGAUUCUGUGUCAGAACUAGCACAUGGACAUAUUUCAUGGGCUUAUAUGUGAAACCUGUCUAGUUCCUUCGGUAGCAUUUGAUUCAUUACUAUCAAGGACUGAAAUAAGUGCACUUGAUUGUCUUAAGCAAAACAUUGGGUUCUAAUCUCACCCCACGGUUACAUUUUUCAUUUAAAAUAAAAUUUGAAUUCUAUUGUCAUAUUUUAUUUUUUAUUAUUUAUUAAUAAAAAGAUAGAUUAUAUUUAAUUCAGAGCUGUACUCAGCUUUGUAUUUUGGCAAAAAACAAGUGAUCAAAUUUAUUAUUUUUCACUUAAGUAAGCCCAACUAAUUCCUGAAUUUAGUUUGCUUGUGUUUUUUUUUGUUUGUUUGUUUUACAUGGAAAGUGUACAUGAAGGGACAGACAGAGAGACAUGUUGAGGAUGUAUAAGAAAAUGCAAACAGAUAGAACAAUCACUGUGUUAUUUUAAUACGUCAAAGACUUCUAUAGCCUAGUUUACAUUCCUCAUGCUUAUAAACUUUAAUGGAACAUUGCGUUAUUUUUUAAGAUAAUGGUCCGUUGUUAUGUCGUCAUGCACUCUAAAGGCAAAUUCUGCACGUAAACUUAGUAAAUUCCAUUACUAAUCUUUGAAUACAGAUUUCAAAGUAGAAUUAAGUACAUUGAGAAUGAGAGAGAAUGAGAGCACUGUGGCUUUGCUCUCAAUAAGGAAUUCUAUCUUCCAAAUAUUUAAUAAAGUAUGUUGAAGGAACGUCUCUAAAAUAAACAGAAGAGAUUUCCAUCAUUUCUGUAUAGUAACGUGCUUUUCAGUAAUGUCUUAAACUUUUGUUUUAAAAGAGUAACUGAAAUUGAUAAUUUUCAUAUAAAAGUCAGAAAAGUGAGGAAUAGCAAACAACAGGUAAGAAGAUCAUCACCAUGAAGUAGAGAGAGACAGAGAGGCAGGCUUUUCUUUCCUAACCAACCUGUGCCUUUACACUAGUACCAUUAUACAAGACAGGAUCAAUAUGGAUACAAAAAAAAAAAA